AUGUCUAUUGAAUUAGAAUCAGCCGAUGUUGUUCGUCUCAUUGAGCAAUAUCUUAAGGAGAAUAAUUUAUUGCGCACUCUGCAAGUGUUGCAAGAGGAAACGGGCGUUACCCUCAAUACCGUUGACUCUGUUGAAAGCUUCAUGACUGAAAUCACAAGUGGUCAUUGGGACACUGUCCUUAAAGUGGUUCAAAAUCUUAAACUUUCAAAUCACAAAUUGAUGGAUCUAUACGAACAGAUUGUCAUUGAAUUAUUUGAGCUUCGCGAACUUGGUGCGGCGCGUACCCUUCUUCGUCAAACUGAUCCUAUGCUCCUAUUGAAACAGAAUCAUCCUGAUCGUUACUUACACUUGGAGAAUCUCCUUACUCGUUCUUACUUUGAUCCUCGUGAGGCUUAUCCUGAGGGUUCAUCUAGAGAAAAGCGUAGGCAAGCUAUAGCAUCUUCUCUCUCUGGAGAAGUCAGUGUUGUUCCACCCUCGAGACUACUUGCUCUUCUGAGCCAAGCCUUGAAAUGGCAACAGCAUCAAGGUCUUCUACCUCCUGGUACUGCCAUUGAUGUUUUCAGAGGUAAGGCUGCAGUUCGUGAGCAAGAGGAUGAGAAACCUCCUACUCAACUCUCAACUACUAUUAAGCUUGGUCAAAAGGCUCAUGUUGAAUGUGCUAAAUUCAGUCCGGAUGGUCAGUAUCUUGUUACAGGAUCUGUUGAUGGACUAAUUGAAGUUUGGAAUUUCAUUACGGGAAAGUUAAGGAAGGAUCUGAAAUACCAAGCGCAGGAGAACUUCAUGAUGAUGGAUGAGACAGUUCUCUGCCUUGCCUUCUCGCGAGAUUCCGAGCUACUAGCGUCAGGUUCUUUGGACGGGAAGGUGAAAGUCUGGCGCAUCCAAUCUGGCCAGUGCCUGCGCCGCUUUGAGCGGGCACAUACCAAGGGUGUUACUGCUGCUCACUUUUCCAAAGACAAUGUUCAACUCCUAACUGCCAGCUAUGAUCGCACAAUUCGAAUCCACGGAAUGAAGUCCGGUAAUCUUCUGAAGGAAUUUACUGGUCAUACUGGUUUCGUCAAUGAUGUGUCCUUCAGCCUGGAUGGUCACCAUAUUCUCAGUGGAAGUACUGACGGUACAGUUCGAGUCUGGUCAGCUCGCACUGCUGAAUGUGUUUCCAAUUUUAAGACAAUUUCGGGCCUAGUAGGUCGUGAGGUACCUAUCCUAAGUGUUCAACCCAUGCCCCGUAAUGCCGACCAAUUUGUUGUAUGUAGCCGUUCAAACACCAUCGCUAUCAUGAAUAUGCAAGGACAAGUUAUUCGAAGUUGCACGAAUGGGAAACGCGAGGGAGGUGAUUUUGUCGGCUUUGCUGUGAGCUCUCGAGGUGAAUGGAUAUACGCCGUUUGUGAGGAUCGUCGACUCUACUGCUUCAAUGUCAGUAGUGGUGGAAAACUAGAACAAACUCUACCGGUCCAUGAGAAGGAAAUCCUCGGUGUGGCUCACCAUCCACAUCAAAAUCUCAUCGCGACCUUUUCGGAAGAUGGCUUGCUUCGACUUUGGAAGCCUUGA